AGGCCUCAGUCGACCGAUGUCCGUGUAGUGUAUCCGCACAACACAUUAACUAAAAUAGAUAGUAACAAUAAAACAUUUCUUUUUAUAUAUUGUAAUACAAUUUCCUUGAAAAGCCGGCUCCAAUUUGUUUAGUGAACGUAGUGCUAAAUUCAUAUUUUUGUUCAAUAAAAUUCUGAUCCGUGAUGUUUUAUUCGCUGCAAUCGAUAAAUACUUAGGUAGUCGGAAAUGAUCGAAUUGGUGAAAGUGAACGAUAAAAGGGCGAUUGGCACAAUGCGGGACAUAGGGGCGGAUUCGUUCGUGUGCCGCGUGCAAUACCUGAACGAUUUGGAUCCUUUCUCGGAGUACAACGUGAGAGAGCCCUCGAGGCCACUGUACCACACAUUCAACACAACAAUACCACUGUCCUACCAAAUUGCUGCGGUGCACCGAUUGCUGCAAGCGCCACACAGGUUGGAUGAUGCCACUCUUCAAGUGUUCAAAGACGGUGAUUAUGGACCGUAUCUGGACUUGGACUCAACCCUCGGCGAGCAGGACGAAGAAUUGGAAGGUCUUCAAGACAAUCGGAAGAAUACGCUUGUUCUGCGAACGCAACUGCCAGUCAGGGUUCACGCGAUUAUCGAGAAACUCUUGCACAGCCAGGGACGCGAGCUGCGCCGAGCGCUGUUUUCCCUCAAGCAGAUUCUUCAGUCCGAUAAAGACUUAGUCCACGACUUUGUCGCUAACAAAGGACUAGACUGCUUGAUGCAAGUUGGCAACAUGGAGGACCAGAAUUAUAUAGACUAUAUACUUAGAGCACUUGGACAGAUUCUUCUUUACAUCGAUGGAAUGCAUGGAGUGAUGAAUCACAAAAGAUGCGUCCAAUGGCUCUACUCUUUGAUCUCAAGCAAAUUUCGUCACGUCGUCAAAACCGCACUCAAGCUUCUGGUCGUAUUUGUUGAAUAUACGGAAAAGAACUCCCUUCUUCUCAUUGACGCUAUCAACACUGUAGAUAAUGCCAACGGCAGACAACCUUGGUAUAACAUUAUGAAGAUUCUACAAGAUAUUGAUGCAUCCGAUACUGAAUUACUCAUUUAUGCUACAACUCUUAUAAAUAUAUGUUUGAACAACAUACCCGAUAGGGACACUUACUACGACCAAGUUGACGCUCUGCAGGAUCAGGGUAUGGAUGAAAUUAUCCAGUUGUAUAUGACGAAACAAGGCACUGAUCUAGAUCUCUUGAGACAACUUCAGAUAUUUGAAGCAGUUCUCCUAUAUGAAGAUGGUGAUGAGACAGGUACAGCGUUGAAGCAAUUAGACGAAUCUGUAGUAAGUUCUGUCAGGCGACGAAGUAUAAACUUGAAUACUUCUGAGAGGCGAAAAUCUAAAAAGCAGCAAUCUAAGGAGAAAGGUAACCAGCGAUAUACAUCAGGAUUAAAACAGAGGAUUCAAAAUGGUACUCUAGGACAUAGUGUAAAUGCAGUGGAUGCUUUAGCAGCAAUACGUCAAAAGCAAAUCGACACUACUCCUGAAAUAAAAGAUGAUCGUGGAAUUCUACUUAAUAGGGAGCAUAGUAUAAAAGAUCUAGCACAGAGGUUAACAAGUCCUGUUAGUCCUACAAGUGAAGAUAAACCUCUUCGUGUAGCAGAAAUGACAGGAAUAGUAUCAAAAGCCAAAGAAGAACUAGCUAAGUCACAAUCUAAGGAAGUACUAAAAAGUCCUAGUAUAGAGAAGACUCAAAAAAUUAGUGAAAUUAAAGUUUCUGAAAAUGAACUUCAUUGGGAAGAAUUGAGGCAAGGUUGUCUAAAUAGAGAAUUCCAUUUAUGUGAUCUUGAUUUUUCGGAUUUGCGUCAUGACUCGGAUGAUGACAUGAUGUCACCUGUUAUAAAUGCUGCCAAUGGACCGCCACCACCUCCACCUGGAAUGUUCUUACCCUCUGUCUGUAAUCCCCCUCCUCUUCCUGGUCCUCUUACCAACGGCCAAAAGAAUAAUGUACCUGCACCGCCACCGAAACCGUCACAUUCUUCUGAGUUCUCUAACAAUUCGGACAGCACGACAAUAAAGAAAAAUAAGAAAACUGUAAAAUUGUUCUGGCGCGAAGUACAAGAAAAUCCAGCCCCGAUAGCAAUGAGAACAAAAGUUGGAGGUUUUAUUUGGGACGACCUUCCUGAGGUUACUUUGGACACAAAAACUCUUGAACAUUUGUUUGAGUCAAGAACCAACGAUCUUAUAAUAAAGGUAAAAUUAAUGGAACCGAAACGCAAUCUGAUUUUGGAUACUAAACGGUCUAAUGCAAUAAACAUUGCCAUGAAAAAGUUGCCAACACCUCAAACUAUCAAAGCAGCAAUCAUGAAAAUGGAUGCAACAGUCGUUGGUAGAGAAGGCAUUGAAAAAUUACUGACAAUGCUACCAACUGAAGAAGAAAAGAUAAAAAUUCAAGAAGCACAGUAUGCCAAUCCUGAUUUGCCACUUGGUAGUGCAGAGCAAUUCCUACUGACGUUAGCUUCCAUUAAUGAACUGUCAUCUCGUCUGAAAUUAUGGGUGUUUAAAUUGGAUUUUGAUAAUUCGGAAAAAGAAAUCGCUGAACCACUUAUGGACUUAAAACAAGGAAUUGAACUUUUGAAAGUGAAUAAAACAUUCAAAGUAAUCCUUGCUACUUUGAGGUCUGUUGGGAGUUUUCUCAAUGGAAGCCAAGUUAGAGGUUUCCGUUUAGAAUAUUUAUCAAAAGUGAUGGAGGUCAAGGAUACAGUGCAUAAACAUCCGUUGCUACAUCACAUCUGCGAAAUGAUUAUUGAGAAAUUUCCUGAUACUUCAGAUUUGUUUAGUGAGGUUGGUCCAGUGAUUCGGGCGUCGAAAGUAGAUUUCGACAUCCUCAGUACAAAUCUCCAAAAGCUAGAAUCUGAUUGCAAGGCGUCCUGGGAUCACAUGAAAAGAAUUGCCAAACACGAUGGCUCCCAAAUCUUCAAAACCAAAAUUAAUGAAUUUCUUACAGAUGCUGCGGAAAGAAUAAUAUUGUUAACAGUUAUAAGAAAAAGAGUGAUGAGCAGGUACAGCAAAUUUUUGUUAUAUCUUGGAGUUCCCCCAGGCGACAUCAUAAAAACAAAACCUUCCGAAUUCUUGAAGGUAAUAGCCGAAUUUGCUUUGGAAUACCGUACCACCAGGGAAAGGGUAUUGCAACAAUUAGAGAAGCGGGCAAAUCACAGAGAAAGGAACAAAACAAGGGGUAAAAUGAUCAUAGAUGUCACUUCAAUUGGAAAUUACACAAACAAAAUAGAAGACAAUUCAGCAGAUAACGCAUUAAAAGAACUCCUCAAAACAGAUCCAGAUACUGAUAGUCUUACUGAAAGUAGACGGAAACCAAUCAAUCAUAGAAGAAUCGCAGCAAAUGGUGAGCUAUCAGCCGAUGAUGAGAUUAUAGAAAGUCUAGUGAGGUCGGCCACAUCUAAAAGAAAACCAAUAGCACGCGAGAGAAGAAGGAACAGGCUCUCGGAUAAGAAAAAUUUCAACAGAACAUUGGAUGGUCACCAAUCCUGGCCAGGACCAGAGAUUAUUUCAGGAUCAGCUGCUGAUACUCAACGUAGAUAA